AUGGCGUACCAAAAACAACCGUGUGAGACCUACUUUGUAGAGACACACGAUUCCUCUCACCAUCAGCGAGCUCCUCAAGAUUACCUCAGGAUGCUUGGCAGAAGGAAGCAAGAGGCUAUGGCAAAUGAAUUGUCGAGACAAGCGUGUGAUACCUAUGUGGAGGAUAUCAUGAAUCACAUGAAACAGAUGGAGGAAGAGACAUUACCAGACGUCGCCUCGAUCGAUAUUCAACAAGAGAUUCAAUGGUUCAUGAGACCUUACCUCAUUGACUUCCUCAUCGAGGCUCAUCAAGCCUUCCAACUCCUCCCCGAAACACUUUUCCUGGCCGUCAACCUCUUGGAUAGAUACUGCUCAAGAAGAGUUGUCUAUAAACGUCACUACCAAUUGGUUGGAUGUGCUGCUCUGCUCAUCGCUGCCAAGUACGGUGAUAAGAAGGAUCGUGUCCCAAUGAUUCGGGAGUUGAAGUCCAUGUGCUGCUCACUUUACGACGAAGAUAUGUUUACUCAAAUGGAGUGGCACGUCUUGAACACGUUGGAAUGGGUUAUCGGCCAUCCUACCGUAGACACAUGGUUACAACUCGCCUUGAAGGACGGUCCAGCCUACGAAGACGUAGAGGUAGAGCACAUGGCCUUGUACCUUUCGGAAAUUGCGCUGUACCAUAAGGACUUCGUUUCGAAAAAGUCAUCGGUAAUGGCUCGUGCUUCAUUGGCUCUUGCUCGUGGGAUCCUCGGCCGCCCUGAGAACCUCGAAAGUCAUGACCACGAAGUAAAUCAGACACUUAUCGAGCUUUCUGUGAAAUUAGACCGGCCAUCACAGGUUCUCUUCCGCAAGUAUGCCUCACCUCACAUGUCCCGUGUUGCCAACAGGCUCGAGAACUUCCUCCACGAACAAGAGGAGCUCAACAGAAGAGCAAACCCACCAACACCCCCCGCGGAUAUUACCAUACAAAAGGCAACCCCCGAAAUGUUCCCCGGCACCCCACAAAAGCCUUAUGGCAAUGGCAAUGGCAACAUGGUGCAUGGCUACAUGACACCACCAAUCACGCCCGAAGGAGAAUACUUCACCGGCGGCAACGGUAAUGAGAUGAAAGGAUACCACCACCAAGUCCCCCGCUGCCCUGUCACUCCCACCCCGCAAAUCCACAACCCAUACACCAACCCACAACAAUACCAACAAUAUGGUAUUGGUAUGCACUGA